UUGAAGCUGCGUCGCGGUGACAGUUUUUGGGCUUCUGCUAAGAUCGAUUCUGUGUGUUUACUGUCUUCUGGGCUCAUCCACUAUCAUGUCCAAGCCACUGUCGGACCAUGAGAGAAGGAAACAGAUUUCUGUUAGAGGUUUAGCUGGCGUGGAGAAUGUGUCGGACCUUAAGACUAACUUCAACCGACACCUUCACUUCACACUGGUUAAGGACAGAAAUGUGUCCACGAAGAGGGAUUACUACUUCGCCCUGGCGCACACGGUGAGAGACCACCUGGUGGGCAGGUGGAUCCGGACCCAGCAGCACUACUAUGAGAAGGACCCUAAACGUGUGUACUACAUUUCACUGGAGUUCUACAUGGGCCGUACUCUGCAGAACACUAUGGUGAACCUGGCCUUAGAGAAUGCUUGUGAUGAGGCUGUGUACCAGCUGGGUCUGGACAUGGAGGAGCUUGAGGAUAUUGAGGAGGAUGCUGGACUGGGCAAUGGAGGCUUGGGCCGUCUUGCUGCUUGCUUCCUGGACUCUAUGGCCACUCUCGGUUUGGCUGCCUAUGGCUACGGCAUUCGCUAUGAGUUUGGCAUCUUCAACCAGAAAAUUGAAAAUGGCUGGCAGAUUGAAGAAGCUGAUGAUUGGCUACGCUAUGGCAACCCCUGGGAGAAAGCCCGCCCUGAAUACAUGCGUCCCGUCCACUUCUACGGCAGGACAGAGCAUCAUCCAGAUGGAGUCAAAUGGGUAGACACUCAGGUUGUGUUGGCUUUGCCAUAUGACACUCCUGUGCCAGGCUACAGGAACAAUAUUGUGAACACCAUGAGGCUUUGGUCUGCCAAGGCCCCUUGCGAUUUCAACCUGAAAGACUUCAACGUUGGAGGCUACAUCCAGGCCGUGCUGGACCGCAACUUGGCUGAGAACAUUUCUCGAGUGCUGUAUCCCAAUGACAAUUUCUUUGAGGGGAAGGAGCUGCGUCUGAAGCAGGAGUACUUUGUAGUCGCUGCCACCCUCCAGGACACCAUCCGUCGCUUUAAAGCCUCCAAAUUUGGCUCCAGAGAGAUUGUGCGUACCGACUUCACUGCUCUUCCUGAUAAGGUGGCCAUCCAGCUAAAUGACACUCACCCUGCUCUUGCAAUCCCUGAGCUGAUGAGGGUGUUGGUGGAUGAGGAGAAGCUGCCAUGGGAUAAGGCCUGGGAUAUCACUGUGAAGACUUGUGCCUACACCAACCACACAGUGCUGCCUGAGGCUUUGGAGCGCUGGCCUAUUGACCUCUUCCAGACCCUGCUACCUCGCCACCUUGAGAUUAUUUACGAGAUCAACCGUCGUCACAUGGAGCGUGUGGCUUCCCUGUACCCUGGUGAUAUGGACCGCCUGUGCCGCAUGUCUCUGAUUGAGGAGGGAGGAAUUAAAAGGGUCAACAUGGCACACCUGUGCAUCGUCGGCUCCCAUGCAGUCAACGGUGUGGCACAAAUUCACUCGGAUAUCCUCAAAGCUUCUGUUUUUAAGGACUUUUAUGAGAUGGACCCACACAAAUUCCAGAACAAAACCAAUGGCAUCACCCCUCGUCGUUGGCUUGUGAUGUGUAACACCGGCCUGGCUGAGGUUAUUGCUGAGAGAAUUGGAGAGGACUUCAUUCGUGACCUGGGCCAGUUGAGAAAGCUGCACAACUUUGUUAACGACGAUGCUUUCAUUCGUGAUAUUGCCAAAAUCAAACAGGAGAACAAGCUGAAGUUUGCCACUCACCUGGAGGAGCACUAUAAAGUGAAAAUCAACCCCAAUUCCAUGUUUGACAUCCAAGUCAAGCGAAUCCAUGAGUAUAAGAGACAACUGCUCAACUGCCUGCACAUCAUCACUUUCUACAACAGAAUCAAAAAGGAUCCCAAGAAGCAGUGGACUCCCAGAACCAUUAUGAUUGGUGGAAAGGCUGCACCAGGCUACCACACAGCCAAGAUGAUCAUUCGCCUGAUCACAGCCAUCGGUGAGGUGGUCAACAACGACCCGGUGGUGGGCGACCGCCUCAAAGUCAUCUUCCUGGAGAACUACAGAGUCACUCUGGCUGAAAAAGUGGUCCCUGCUGCUGACCUGUCUGAGCAGAUCUCAACUGCUGGUACAGAAGCUUCCGGAACAGGAAACAUGAAGUUCAUGCUGAACGGGGCCCUGACCAUUGGAACCAUGGAUGGUGCCAAUGUAGAGAUGGCAGAAGAAGCUGGAGAGGAAAAUCUCUUCAUCUUUGGCAUGAGAGUGGAUGAUGUGGAGGCCAUGGACAGGAAGGGAUAUAACGCGUCUGAAUACUAUAACAGUAUUCCAGAGCUGAAGCAGGCCAUUGAUCAGAUUGCAGGAGGUUUCUUCAGUCCCAAGCAGCCUGACCUCUUCAGUGGCAUUGUCAAUAUGCUCAUGCACCAUGACAGAUUUAAGGUGUUUGCUGACUAUGAAGACUACAUGAAAUGCCAAGAUAAAGUCAGUGCCCUUUAUAAGAAACCCAAGGAAUGGACCAAGAAGGUGAUUUACAACAUCGCUGCAUCUGGCAAGUUCUCCAGUGAUCGCACCAUUGCUCAGUAUGCUCGUGAAAUCUGGGGCAUGGAACCAAGUAUGGAGAAGCUCCCAGCUCCCGAUGACCCAAAAUAAGUCCCGCAGGCUGCCCAAGUUUCCGACUCUGACCCAACACCAGCACUGCAUGAAUUUUUCAGAGCAGUCUUUAACACCGAUUUCUUUCAGAAUGAAUUUAGUGAUGCCUGUCUGUUCAGUUGUUCUCCAUUGUAGCUUACCAUGGUCAUGCUUUGUUUCCUGUCAAUGUGCUUUCAUACACAUAAACACACAGGAAUUCUGUCAAUUGUCAAUCUUUAUGUUGUCAGUCGGGUCACCGGGCCCUCUUGUAUAAGGAUAAGAGGUUUAUCGAUAACAACUCACAUGCUUCAUUCUGUGUAUCAAAGUGAAAAUGAUGGUGCAAGGUGAUGAUGCACUUUCUGGUGUCACUGCGUGCAAAAUGUAAGAAGAAUUCUGGGUUUUUGAAUAGCCAAGUCUGUCUUUCUAGAAAAUACACUAAUUCUAAAAUCAUUAAUGCUGUAUUCCUGCUUUAUAUAGCUUGUCCUUGUUCUGGAUAGAUAACAAAGCAUUAGAUAGUUGAUGGAGUAAAAGUAUGAGGGAGUCUAGCUGUACCUGAACCACUGCUAAAUGUACUGAAUGUUUUUCAUCUGGAAUAUGUUUUUGUAACAGAAGAAACACAGUUUAAACACACUACAACUUCUCGCUUGCUAGUUUUGGACUAGCAUAAGGCAGAUGUCAUACACUUAUGUCUUUAACCAAUAAAGACAGAUUAAUGAGAUAAAUAAAUGACCACUUUUAUCAAUGAUGAUUGUUUUCACAGCACUACAGCCUUAUUGAUAAAUAAAGGAUAUAAGCACACAGUCUCCAUUAUGUACAGUAUAUUAGGAAUAAAACUCCACUGUAAAGUGGAAUGAGGAAUGCA